UAUUUUUCUGAUUGUUUCCUGAGAAAAUUUUCGGAUCAAAGAUCGAUAAUCGAAAAUGGAUUCGAUUCAGUUUAUCAAAUCAAUCGACUGGGAGCAAGAAGCUUACCCUGCUUAUGGAGAUUUCAUUGUUCUUCCUCUCUUUGCUCUGUUCUUCCCAUCUGUUCGUUUCUUUCUCGAUAGAUUCAUCUUUGAGAAAGUUGGAAGGCGGUUGAUUUUCGGGAAGGGACAUGAGAUGCUGGAUGGCGAUACAGAAGAGAAAAGGAAGAAGAUUAGAAAAUUUAAGGAGUCGGCUUGGAAGUGCAUUUAUUAUCUUUCAGCAGAAAUCCUAGCUCUCUAUGUAACUAACAACGAGCCCUGGUUUAGAAAUACCAGAAACUUUUGGGUAGGACCUGGAGACCAUGUCUGGCCUGAUCAGAAAAUUAAAUUGAAACUAAAGGGACUUUACAUGUAUGUUGCUGGAUUUUACGCAUACUCUAUAUUUGCUCUGAUUUUCUGGGAAACAAGGCGCUCUGACUUUGGUGUCUCAAUGGGUCAUCAUUUUGCAACUGUCAUCCUCAUUGUGUUAUCUUACAUAUUUAGAUUUGGUCGUGUUGGUUCGGUUGUUUUGGCAAUUCAUGAUGCUAGCGAUGUAUUUCUGGAGAUAGGGAAGAUGAGCAAAUAUAGUGGGGCUGAAACACUCGCUAGCUCUGCAUUUCUAGUUUUUGUUUUGUCUUGGGUCUUACUGCGCCUCAUUUACUACCCUUUCUGGAUCCUCUGGAGUACAAGUUAUGAAGUUCUUCUAACAUUGGACAAGGAAAAGCAUCCGGUAGAUGGACCGAUUUGUUAUUAUCUGUUCAACACACUCCUAUUUUGCCUGCUGGUUCUUCAUGUUUAUUGGUGGGUACUUAUGUAUCGAAUGCUUGUCAAACAAAUCCAAGCGAGAGGCAAACUUAGCGAAGAUGUUCGAUCAGAUUCUGAAGAUGAACAUGAAGAUUGAUCUGGAAAGAAGAAAUACCACAUUAACAGGACUUGUGAGAGGAUGGAGUUUUAGCCAUGGA